AUGAAUACAGUGUUGAAUUGCCGGAACCGCGAAUCAGGCCGCGGUUUCUCUUACCAGUACGAUGCACCACUAUGCCGGUUGCACGUUCACCAGCGGGACAGUUGGAAAGGUAUUACGCCGUCCACGUUCUCGGCGGAUUACAAUCCCUCACCUCCGAUUCUGGCAGCCAAAUUUUCAAAGUGCCAUGGACAGGAACACAUUCUGGCGAUUGCGAACGAGGAUGGAAAGAUAGCGCUGCAGGAUACGAACCUCACAAACCAGGAACCGGGUGGCGAACGGGCACUCGAAGGGUGGCAGUGUCACUACAAUGCAGUGUUUGAUAUCGAAUGGAUGCCGGGCGCAAUGAAGCUGGUGACGGCAUCGGGAGAUCACACCGCCACGCUUUGGACGCUGGCCGAAACUCGCAUGGUCAGCACACAAAUGUUCCGCGGUCACUCGCGGUCGGUAAAAACAGUCGCUUUCCGGCGCGAUGAUUCGGCAGUCUUCGCCACGGGUGGUAGGGACGGAGCUAUACUGAUCUGGGACAUACGGGCCCAGGUCGGGCUGGAUAUGACACCACGUGCGGACAAUUGCAUCUACAGUGGACAUGCCGGUGGACCGGGCACACCAUCCUCGCACCGGAAGCGAACACGCCAGACGCCAAAGAUACCAGCACAAGGGUGUAGCAGCAGCAUUACCGGAUUAGCCUUUCAGGACGGCAAUACGCUGAUAUCGUGUGGUGCCGGUGACGGGGUGGUGAAGGUUUGGGAUACGCGGCGCCAUUACACCAGUCACCAGCGGGAACCAAUGCCAAAGCAUAGCUUUUCAUACGCGGGCACUACGACGCUGAAGGGUUUUACCAAUCUCGUCAUCGACGACAAGCGGCACCGGUUGUAUGUGAACUGUAUGGACAACCACAUCUACUGUUACAACAUAUCUACGUACGAUGGGAAACCGCUGCAGCGGUAUAGCGGAUUUAACAACGGAACGUUCUAUGUGAAGGCUGCGCUCAGCUCGGAUGGCCAAUAUCUGAUCAGUGGUUCCAGUGACGAGCGCUGCUAUAUUUGGAACGUGGACAAUCCAAACCCACUGUUGAAACUGUCGGGACACUCGGCGGAAGUGACGAGUGUGGCCUGGAUGCAGAGUGACCGUGACGUGCGCAUAGUGACCUGCAGUGACGACGCGCGCCACAAGGUGUGGCGGAUCGGGCCCGAAGAGAUGGAUUCGGACGAGUUGCAACAGCUGCGCGGCAAGGCUGAGUAUUGCGAUUCCUAUCGUUCGGAUCAUGCGGAAAAGCUUCGAUUGAAAGCGCUAGAAUUCACACCGAGAUCUGUCCGGGGGCUCAUGCAACGUAACGAAACUACACCGAGCACCCAGGAGGAUGUAAACCGCACGCCAAAAGCGUCCGGUGGUGGCUUUAAGAUGUGGGCGGGUACGUUCAGCGCCGGUGCGUCCGCUUCCGAGCGGGCAGCGAAGCGAAGUUUCUCCGACAUUGCGGAAGCGGAUGGUCAUCAUCGUCCACCAGUAAAACGAACGUAUCGCGAGGAAGGCCGUGGCCGUCGGUUGUUCAGUCCGGCAAACUCGAAAUCGUCGUACAGCUUUAAAGCCCUUGAAAUUGCCGCCAGUUCCUCCACCUCUCGCAGUCUCAACGUCAUUCUGGAAGCGUCCGAAGAACUAACCGUUGGGUUGUCACCCUGUAAAUCUCCGCUAGCUACCGCAGAUCUUAACAUACGCUCCCCGGACCAAUCGCUGGCGCAACGAUGCGCAUCACCAACGUUGAACCUAAUUCUUCCAAACUAUGUACUCGACGGAGAGGCACCGCAUCUGGUAAACGUGCUGGCCGCUUCCGGAGGUAGUGAGCGUGGCAACCGAUCAGCCUUCUCCAGCAGUCUGCCGUUCGGCGAAAGCUCCAGCCCGGUCGGUAGUGGUGCUGUAAAGCGAAAGAUGAAGGAACGCUUGGACUGGUUGACAAAGAUACGAAAGCAGAAACAGUUACAGGCUGCCAAAGGUAUCGAAAACAGUUACGGCACGUCGUUGGAGAAAGCAACAGCAGCAGCAUCGCACCUUCUUUCGCCACGGCUUCAGCAGUUGAAAUCGUGUGACGAGGGAGUCAGUGGGGAAAGUAAUCAUCACACGCAAGAGCAUAGUAUCGCUACCAGCAGUGCCGAAACACCAACAACGCCACGUAGACGAUCUUCUUGGGCUUUGAGUAACGGUAGUCCUCGGGAGUGCGUGGAAGAUACAACCCAUCGAGCUGCUGCAAGGACAACGCCAAGAAGCAGACGAUAUUCAAUGAACGGCAUACGGGUUGGAACAUCGGAUUCCACCUCGAUAAGACGGUUCCUAACCGUGACUACACCUACCAGCCGAACAAAUGCUCAGGCGUCUAGUUGA